GUAGUGUUGCCACCUUCUAGUCUCCAACACUUAUAAAGAGAGGUGGUCCCAAAGGUAAAGCAGCAUAUCAUCUUCUUCCCUACACACACGUCCGCGUGGAAGAGCUAAUAUGCUUUUCAUUCGCUCAAGCAUUGCCUUUCAUUGUGCUUAAAAGGAAAACCUUUGUACAUAUAUAUUUGUGUUGUUUAGAAACAUCUCAUCAUCACCACACUUACCUAGCUCACACUCAAGGCCAGCGUAGACCAAAAAUGAAAGGAAACAACCCUUAUUUGAUUGUGGUUCUCGUACAAGCCAUAUAUGCUGCUAUGUUCCUUCUCUCAAAAGCUGCAUUCGAUCAUGGCAUGAACAAUUUCAUCUUUGUCUUCUAUAGACAGGCAGUAGCAACCAUCUUUCUCACCCCUUUCACUUUCUUCUUCGAAUGGAAAACUGCACCGCCUAUGCCCUUUCGGACCUUCUGCAAGAUUUUCUUCCUUUCUUUAUUUGGGAUUACUUUAAGCUUGGACAUAUAUGGUAUCGGCCUUAUUUACACCUCAGCAACUUUGGCUGCUGCUACCACAAACUGUCUUCCAGCUAUCACCUUCUUCUUGGCGUUCCUACUAAGGAUUGAGAGUUUGAAAAUAAAGACGACCCCUGGAAUUGCUAAGUUGAUAGGGGUUGUGGCAUGCUUGGCUGGUGCAGCAACCUUUGCCUUUUAUAAAGGCCCUUCUUUGAAAUUUCUAAGCCAUUUUCAUCUUUUGGAUUACCAUAAAAGCAUUCAACAUCAAGGUCAUGCUCAAUCCGGUGCAUGGAUAAAGGGUUGCUUCCUCAUGCUCCUCUCCAACACGUUUUUCGGGCUAUGGCUUGUACUACAGACUUUUAUUAUAAAAGGGUACCCUUCAAAGCUGCUCUUCACAACUAUUCAGUGUUUCUUAAGUUCAAUUCAGUCUUUUGUCAUUGCCUUGGCCGUAGAAAGGGACAUUGAACAAUGGAAGUUGGGUUGGAAUGUCAGGCUCCUCGCCGUACUAUAUUGUGGAAUUAUGGUCACCGGUGUCUCAUAUUACUUACAAACAUGGGUCAUAGAAAAGAAAGGACCCGUGUUUCUAGCCAUGUCAACUCCAUUGGCUCUCAUUAUUACAAUCUUUGCCUCUGCAGCUGUGUUGGGUGAGAUAAUCAGUUUGGGAAGUCUUCUAGGAGGGUUCGUAUUGAUUCUAGGACUGUACAGCGUAUUGUGGGGAAAGAACAGGGAGCACAUGCCAAAAGCCACAUUAGACAUGGAGCAAGCAUCAUCGGGUUAAUGAGAGUUAUGGGAUUAAUGCAAUUGGCAAUUGCGAUGAUAUGUGAGAAGAGGAAAUAUAUUCUUCGGAGUGUUGCCAAAAUUUUGCCAACAACUAAUACCAUCGUAAUAACAUACAUCAAAGCUCUUUAAGCUGCCAAAUGUGCCAAAGAGUAAAUUUAAAUAUAAAUGUUUCUGACUUCUUUUUGGCUAAAAACAAGGAGUCAAUAUAUAUUGGGUUGUUCUAGGGUGUUAUUUUAUUUUGAAUAAUUUUAUAUUCUCUUACAAUAUC